GUUGGUCCUGGGACGGUCUCACAGCUGUUGAGCUCGACUGUUUCCGCUAAACGGGCUCACUUCAACUUUGUUCAAUUCGACUCAGCCCACCGCCGCAUCUGCAAAAUGGCACAACAGAUUGUUCCGGCUUGGAAGCGAAUGGGUCUCAAACUAAAAAAUGCCAAUGAGAAACCUCUCACGAAUGGCCACUUGAAGGAAGCUGAAAGCAAUGGGACUGACAAGAGUCUACACGACUCAGCACACAAUUCAGAGCCACCCAAAAAACGACUGAAAACGGAGCAAACGUCAAACCAGAAUUCCCAGCCCACCAAGAUCACACGCAGCGACUCUACAGAAAUUUCAGCUCGCUCUGAAGACGUCGGCUCGAUUAAGAGGAAAGUCCCGAAGAAGAAAGUCUCCUUUUCUCAUGACACCAAGCCGGUGGACGAAGUGGCUUCGAUAUCAGACCCCAAGCCGGGCUCACUCGAUGAUUCGAAAGACGCCGUAUCACGCCUACAGUCUCAGUCCAAAGGUCCACAACGUCAAAACAACAGUAAACCUGACACAGCUCUACAAUAUCUCACACAGUACCACCAAGAUCGAUCAUCAUGGAAAUUCAACAAGAAUCGAGAGAUAUGGCUACUCAAACAUGCCUUUUCAGAGACCGACAUCCCUCGAGACUACGACCUAGCGCUGAGCCGAUAUCUCCAUGGUCUACAGGGUGCAGGGGCACGCGAAAGACUUGGAAAGGAGUGUUUGGAGAAAGUGAGAGACGACGAAGCAAACUCUGGCAAAGAAACCAACGGAACCGACAAAGACUUGAGGCAUCAAUUUUGGGCAUGUUUGCAAAAGACAGUCCGCGGCGGCGGCACCGACACCUCCAUCGGGGACCAGGAAUUCCAAGUGGACGAAGAAGAGUUGAAAGCAUGGCUGCGCCAUCAAUCCCGCCCACAGAUCUUGAGCUGGAGUCUUGACGGGCCAGAGUCAACCACCAAGAAACCUCUUCAGAAGAAGAAAAAGAACAGAACUGCGGUGGUUGAAUACGAGAGUUCCAGUUCGAGUGGCAGCGAUGACGAAAGCGACAGUGAAAGUGAUUCUGACUCCACUUCCAGCGAUGGUAGCAGUGGUAAAACAGAGGAAGAAACCAGCAGCAGCGGUGAAUCGGAAGAGGCAACGAGCAGCAGUGGUUCUUCAUCUAGCGAUAGCGAUGAUAGCGACUAA